AUGAACGCCUACAAAUGCUUUCGAGAUCUGACUAAAGUAUCCGUAUACAACAUCCUUUACAUCCGAACAAAAUACACUGUAGUGGGAUGCCAACGUGUGUCUAUACCCACUAUCGAAUAUCGCUCGGCAAGAGAAACAGGUCUCAUUCAUGGACACAAACUUAGCGAAGUAUUUCCUGGUUUAAGCACCACCGAUGAAAUCGAAGAUGAAAACAACAGACUACCAUUGUGGGGAACCAACCUGUAUCUACAAAGUGUCUACUCCAUUAUGAGUGGCGAACUGGCAUCUUUUAACGGCGAAACCCUCGCUAGCACCCUCGGACACCUGGACAACUGUUCCCUUUCCAACAGAGAAUGCCUGACUCCCUUUGAAACCUUAGUAUGGGAACUAGUCAGAAAUGCUCCAUGUGCCCCUUUAGCUUAA